AUCCCUUGGAUGUUCCGUUUCCCACGUAAAAACAGAGACCAACUCUUUGAACGGCCAGAAGACCACAAUCAUCCAAUGCAACUAUGAAAGGUCGUCUUUUUUCUCGAAUUUAAUUCGAAUCAAAUUUCGAUGCUCCUUCCCGUUUUCUCAGUAAGAAUAUUGAUGACUACGAGGUGAAAGGCCCGGAUUUCAGUUUGAUCUCAGGUGUGGGGGAGUAAAAAUACGAGUUCAUUGAUGGGUUCUAAGAACAAGUCAUCAUCGGGCCACCGAAGAAGUUGUUCUAUAUUUUAUGUGAUUGGUCUUUGCGGUUUAUUUUAUCUUUUUGGGGCAUGGCAAAAGGGUGGUUCUGGAAAGGGAGAUACAAUCGCCAUGAAUGUAAAUAGGCUUACGGAUUGCGAAAUUUUGCCCGAUUUGAGAUACGAAUCUCACCGCAAUGAUAAAGAAAUUUCUGAACCAGAAGCAAAAGUGUUCGAGCCUUGCGAUUUCCGAUACACUGAUUAUACACCUUGUCAUGAACAAGACAGAGCAAUGAGAUAUCCCACAGAGAAUACGAUACACAGGGAAAGACAUUGUCCAUCUCGAGAAGAGAAACUUAAUUGCCUAAUUCCAGCCCCAAAAGGGUACAUGUCCCCUUUUCCUUGGCCUAAAAGCCGUGAUAUAGUGUACUACGCCAAUGUUCCUCACAAGAGUCUCAGAGAAGAAAAGGCCACCCAAAAUUGGGUACAAUUUCAGGGAAAUUUGCUGAGAUUUCCAGGUCGAGGUACCAUGUUUCCUCAAGGAGUAGAUGCAUAUAUUCAUGAACUUGCAUCAGUCAUCCCAAUUGACAAUGGAUCUAUCAGAACAGCACUUGACACUGGCUGUGGGGUAGCAAACUGGGGAGCGUACAUGAUGAAGAGAAAUGUGAUGACUAUGUCAUUUGGACCGAAGGACAAUCAAGAAGUACAAGUUCAGCUUGCUCUGGAACGAGGUGUACCUGCUGUUGUUGGUGUUCUUGGCACCAUCCACCUCCCCUACCCUUCAAGAGCCUUUGAUAUGGCCCACUGUUCAAGAUGCCAAAUACCAUGGACUUCAAAAGGUGGCAUGUAUCUAAUGGAAGUUGAUAGAGUUAUCAGGCCUGGUGGAUACUGGAUUCUUUCUGGUCCUCCUAUUAACUGGAAAGCACACCACUCCUCAUGGAAGCAAUCUAAGGAAGAUCUGGAGGCAGAGCAGGAAAAAAUUGAGCUUUUAGCUGAGAGUCUUUGUUGGGAAAAGAAGUUUGAAAAGGGAGAUAUUGCUAUCUGGAGGAAGAAAGUAAAUCCAGAAUCCUGCCAAAGUCGGUUUGCCAAUUUAUGUAAUAACACAGAUAAUACAGAUGAUGUUUGGUAUAAGACAAUGGGGGUAUGUAAAACCCCUUUUCCUGAGGCAACCAGAGAAAGUGAAGUUAAUGGAGGGGAAUUGAAGGAGUUUCCUGCGAGGCUUUUUGCAGUACCUCCUAGAAUAUCAAAGGGUUUAGUUCAAGGCUUGACAGCUGAAUCUUACCAACAGGACAACAAACUAUGGAGAAAGCAUGUCAAUACUUACAAAAGAAUCAAUAAAUUGAUUGGCACUAACAGAUACAGGAAUGUGAUGGACAUGAACGCAGGCCUUGGAGGGUUUGCAGCUGCACUUGAAUCACCAAACUCCUGGGUGAUGAAUGUUGUUCCCACUGUUGCUAAGAACACUCUAGGUGUUAUCUAUGAGAGAGGUCUGAUUGGAAUUUAUCACGACUGGUGCGAACGAUUUUCUACAUACCCUAGGACAUAUGAUCUUAUUCAUGCACACGGUUUGUUUAGCUUUUACCAAGAUAAGUGCAGUAUGGAAGACAUCCUUCUGGAGAUGGAUCGGAUCCUUCGACCCGAAGGGGCUGUGAUAAUCAGAGACCAAGUUGAGGUAGUGGACAAGGUUAGGAAAAUAGUGAGAGGAAUGAGAUGGGAGGCCGAAGUGGUGGAUCAUGAGGAUGGCCCAAUGGUGCCCGACAAGAUUUUGAUUGUAGUGAAACAGUACUGGGUGGGCAGCACUGGGAACUCCACGGCCAGUGGGGAAUGAAUGACACAGAUAUUGUUUGGGCUUGGCCCCUACGAUAAAGAAAAUAAAAGCAGUGUUAUUCAAAAAAUAAAAGAAAAGAAAAGCAAAAUUUCCAAGGCCAGAGGAAAACAGGAAACCAUAAAGGAACAAAAGGGGGAAUUAUUAUAGAAAAAGAUAAGGUCGGGUUUGUGAAAAUUAUUGAUAAUGUUGCUUUAUUGGGAAGGAAAUUGCUCCUACCCCCGCCUUAAAUUCUUUAGCUGACUCUAGAGGAUUUAGUGUAGACUACUAAAGACUAGCUUUUGUAGUAACUUCACUCGCCAAGCGGCAACUCAAUCCAAUGAAACUUUUCUGCUUUAUUUCAGAAUGCUGGGAAGAUUAUUUUAAGAAAAAUAUAACUUUUAAUC